AUGAUAACACGCAAGCUCCAGCCAAAGGCUGCACAGACGUUGACCGCGCGGCGACUCGCCGACCCGCCGCGCUGCCGCCGCGCACGCCAGCUCCGGCAGCUGCAGCGCUUCCUCGACAAUCCCGAGUGGAAGUACGACGACGCGACGAUGGCUGCGCUCCGCCGGCUGGAGCGCUGCGUGCUCGGCCUGUCCGACUGCCCGGGCACGCCGCUCAUCGUCAGCCUGUACUGGUUUGCGUACAACGGCGUGCGGGGCGGCAGCGCGGGCGAGGAGGUGUGGAUGCGCGAGGUGAUCGACAGCGCCGAGGCCGAGGGCUUUGUCGUCGUCACGGGGCAUACGCGCGCCAGCAUACUCCACCUCGUGCGCAAGCUCAGCCUGUCGAUCCGCAUGGUGUGGUUCAAUGAGAACAACGCGCUCGAGUGCGUGUCCAACCCGCGCUGUAUCCGCUCCCAGGACUACGUCGAGGCGACCGACGUCACGCUGCGGCACGACAUUGCCGCCAUCGCACCGAGCGAGAUGGGCACGCUGCCGCUUUGGAAGAUCUUCGUGACGACCUACGUGGGUUGGGGGAGCAGGCCGAGCAACGCCGACCGGCCAGGCUUCAAGAUGCACCGGGACUGGGCGGUGCCCGAGAAGGGGGGCGACGAGGUGUGGGCGUUCCAGCCGCUCGGGCGGCGGUGGCAGAUUACGCCAUACCCGUACCCCGGGCACACGUUUGUGCCCGUAUCGAUGGAGCGCGAGUGCCUCGCGACGCCGGCGGUGCGGAAACGGACGCGCCGCGUCGUCGUGCUGGGGAAACGCGCCAGCUACUUCCAGUCGCGGUUCUCCAGUAUCCAGUGGGACGUUGUGCGGCGGCGCCUCGGCCAGGAGGACAUCGAGCUCGUCGCGGCCAUGGAGAACGACAACGCCACGGUGCCGGCGGGGAUCAAGAACGUCGGCAAGCUCGACCACGGCGCCUACGCGAGCCUGCUGAGCGCGUCGUCGGCCCUCCUGGGCAUCGGGAGCCCGAUGAUCAGCCCCGCACCGUACUUUGCCCUGUGCCGCGGGGUGCCGGUCGUCAUGCCGCUCAAUCUGCACGACGUCCCCAGCAGUGCCGGAGGACACGCGCAGCAUGGGCCGGUGAGCGCAUUGUCCAAACCCUACGUGUACCCGUACCACCCGACCGACAGUGAGGGCCUGAUCGCGCAGGUGAUCGCGGCAGUGGACACGCCGAUCAAGCCAUACGUCCCGCCAGGCCACGGCGCCGAGGACGUCAAGGCCCGCACACACGCCAUGCUGCACUACGACUACGAGGGCGAGUACACCACGAUCGUCAAGGCGCGCGGCGGCUCGGUACCCGGCAUUAAGAAUUACAUGCUGCGCAAGUGCUUUGACUGGGGGGACUGCUUCCACCACGGGUACACGCAAGAGUACCGAGGGGAUUAG